AUGGUGUUAGAUUUCUUGAAAAAUAAUAUCAUCUGUCGUUUUGGGGUACCAGAGACAUUGAUCACCGACAAUGCCAAGAACCUCAACAAUAAUAUGGUGGAUGGAUUAUGUGAACAGUUCAAGGUCAGACAUCGAAAUUUCGCCAUUUAUAGGCCUCAGAUGAAUGGAAUCAUCGAAGCCGCAAAUAAGAAUUUGAAGAAAAUCAUUCGUAAGAUGACUGAAGCACACCGAGAUUGGCAUGAGAAGCCGCCUUAUGCAUUGAUGGCGUAUAGAACUACUAUCAGGACUUCUACCGGAGCAACUCCUUACUCUCUUAUGUAUGGAAUGGAAGCAGUAUUACCUGCAAAAGUUGAAAUUCCUUCCUUACGCAUUUUAAUGAAAGUUCAGAUAGAAGAUGCUGAAUGGGUCAGGGAACGCUAUGAACAGUUGUUUCCAAUUGAUGAAAAGAUAUUGAAUGCCGUCUGUCAUGGGCCAUGUUAUCAGCAACGAAUGGCUCGGGCUUACAACAAAAAAGUUAAGCCCCAUUUGUUUGAAAUUGGAGAUAAGGUCUUGAAACGGAUUCUUCCAAUGCAAGAGGCUAAAGGGAAGUUUGCUCCCAAUUGGCAAGGACUAUUCAUUGUUAAAAAAGUGAUAUCCGGAGAAGCGCUUAUUCUUAUGGAAUGA